AUGGCUAGUGAAUCAAAUGUGGAUGAUAAUUUGCAUGUCGAUGAGUACAUUGAGAAAGAAUCAAGUGAUGAUGAGUUGUUAUAUAUGGAUGAUGUUGAUGCAAAUUUUGGAAAGUUAAUGGUGCUUAAUUACUUUGUUGCCAACAAAGGAAGUAUCAAUGGCAAGACACCUUGUAGAACAUCAUUUCUUACAAGAAAAAUGUACACCCUAGAAAUUUUGAAUGGACAUCCGGACGUAUGCUAUCGUAAUUUCUGUAUGCAGAAACAUGUUUUCAUGAAUUUAUGUGACAUUUUGAAAGAGAAAGGUUUACUGAAAGAUGAGAAAAAAGUGAGCGUCGAGGAGGGUGUGGCUAUCUUUAUGAUGAUUGUAGGGCACACUACACGAUACAAUGUUAUUGGUGAUAGGUUCCAACAUUCCAACAACACGAUACACAAAUGGUUUAAACGAGUUGUUAGGGUUGUUAUCUCAAUUGGCACUGAGAUAAUCCGUCCGACAAAUCAAGACAUCGUGCAUGAGCGUAUUUUGCGCAAAUAUCCUUUCUUUAAGGAUUACAUAGACGCAAUAGAUGGAACAUAUGUUGCAGUUUGGGCUCCUGCGUUGAGACAAUCAUCUUUUAGAGGAAGGAAAACAAAUGUAACACUAAAUUUGAUGUUGACAUGUGAUUUUGAUAUGAAAUUCACAUUUGUGUAUUGUGGUUGGGAAGGUACUGCUAAUGAUUCACGAGUAUUCGUUGAUGCAGUCAUAAGAAGCUCGAACAACUUUUCAAUGCCAUGA